AUGGCAACACAAACUACUCUAAAAUUGUCACUGAUGAUAUUCGUCUCUUUCCUAUACGCUCUAAGCCCCUCGGCCACCGCCAACACCAUGGAUUUCAUAAGAAGCUCAUGCCACGACGCCUUAGACUCUUCCGCGUGUGUGAACUCGCUAGCACCCUAUGCUUGGAAGGUUAAGGAAAGCCCGAGACUGCUAGCCAUGAUGGCCCUAUCCAUUAGUGCCAAAAGGGCUCGAGAAACCCAAUAUUUCCUGACCACGGUCGCUAAGUACCCUAGUGGGCUCAGUCCAAGGGAGAAAGCGGCCCUCAAGGACUGCUUGGAGGUGGUGGGCAAUACUGUGGGACAGCUUAAUGACUCGAUUAUGGAGCUUAGGAAAUUGGGUCGAGCCACGACUAGUGCAGAGUUGUCCUGGCGCUGGAGUAAUGUUAUGACUUGGGUUAGUGCUGCGCUGACUGGCGAGAGCACGUGCAACGACGGCUUCUCGGGCGAGGCGCAAAAUAGUGAGCUCAAGCCCUUGAUUUACGCGCGGGUCAGUAACAUGUCCAUGGCGACUAGCAAUGCACUGGCGAUUUGCCACAAAUUUAGUAGUGGGAAUAAUUAA